ACCAAGUUAUGUUAAUGCACAUGUUGGAAUCCCUCCCAGGCCAGAAUAUGACCCUGUGAUGUCAAAAGUAGUACGAAAAUAGUGAGUAGAUAAGGGUUUAAAACACCAGCCUGAAUCGGAUUGAUGCACCAAAAACCAUUACAAUAUAAAUGAGUAGGUAAGUCCCACACCACACACCCACACAUAUUCCAGUAUGACACAGACUCUUCACGCAAAGUCUUAAAUUAUAUUCACUUCUAGUUUACUAUCAGCCUCAAACCUAAUUAUCAGCAAUAUCUGUUACUGUCUGGUCGGGAAUCGCAACACACUCACAGACCUAGGGUUAAAGCUAUACAGGGAAAACCCAAUACAAGAUCUCAUGGGCCUUAGGAGUCUAUGUAUAAGUGAUCCCUGGAUGCGGACGAGACUAUAUAACUUUGCAGGCAAGGAAGAUGAUGUUUCCCGAACAUUAGCCAGAAAGCUGAGAAGAGGGAAGCGAUCUUUUUUGCUGUUUAACAAUUUGAGCUCCCGUAAGUAAGAACACACACAUGAAAUAAUAUACACAUUUCAUGUCAUAGCGAUGCUGUUGCUGUUUUUCUUUUAGAUGCUAUUGGUGUUAUUCUGUAUGGCAUGCCUUUUGAUCAGUUUUAUACAAGGUGAUGCACUUUGUGAGAUAGGGAUCGGGGUGGAAAACUCCAGUGUGUGGUAUUACAGCUCUCUUGCUCUUGAGCUUGCUCGUGAAAGGACCUCACCAAAGAUAACAAGUGUAGAGCAAUCAUCUAUGUAAAGACUUUAACCCUUCCCAGGCUGGUCACAGAGCUGUGACUGGUUUAGAGUAAAUCUACUGAUGUCAAGUCACACAGCAGCACAGGAAAUGCAGGUGUUUUGUUAAAGUAGCUGUAAAUAUUCCAUGUGCUUCUUACAGGACGUUAUGUUUAAGCGCGGUUCAUUUUGCACAUUACUAGCUCCUUUGUGUAUUAAUGAUUUUUAUUUAUUUGCUUCUGCAGUGUUCUGAAGACCAGUCACGAGACAUGUACUCUACUGAGGGCCCAGCCGGCUCUCCCUUGAAUAGCAGCGUUGCCUCAGCUGAAAUCAAAGAUAAUUUUGACACAGCCGUUGUUAAAAAUGUCGUCAUUGUUUUUCUGUGCAUUUUCAUCAGCUACAUCAACGGGAUUCUGGUCUUCACAUUCUUAAAGAACCGAAUAUUUUAUGAGACUUCGCGAUACAUACUGUUCAUUCACAUGGUAAUCAAUGAUAUUAUUCAGUUAGCUGUUACAGCGACAUUAUUUGUAGUGAGUUAUAUAUUAUUUAAAAUCAAUGUCUCCUUCUGUUGUUUUCUAGUGUCAGUUGCUGUCUUUGCCACUACGAACACCCCUCUGAGUCUCGCAGCGAUGGCUGUUGAGCGUUACGUAGCCAUCUGCAACCCCCUGCGGCACUCUCAGAUCUGCACGGUGCGCAGGACAUACAUUCUCAUUGCUGCGAUCUGGGCUGCAGGCACCAUUUCUAUAUUGCCAGAUUUGUUUAUCAUUUUGGCAACAGAGCCAGUAAGCUUUUUCCACUCAUCUGUUUUCUGCGUUCGCGAUUAUGUUUUCAGGUUGCCUGAACUAGUUCAGAAGAGAAACAUUGUACAUGCUGUAAAUUUAGCUUUUGUUGGGUUUACUUUAAUGUACACUUAUUUCAGAGUCCUAUUUGCAGUGAAGUCAGCCACCACGGACGCGGCUUCUGCUGCAAAGGCUCGCAACACCAUCCUGCUGCACGGGGUCCAGUUGCUGCUGUGUAUGCUAACGUACAUCGGACCUUCCUUGGAAUUCAGUCUCUUAUAUAUCUUUCCAGGAAAGACCUUAGAAAUUCGAUACUUGACUUACUUAAUAGUUCAGGUACUGCCCAGGUUCCUGAGUCCCAUGAUUUACGGGGUCAGAGACCAAAUGCUUAGAAAGUACCUGAAAAGACACUUUUUAUGCAAGACCAUAUAACAAUCAUCAGACUUCAUGACAAGCUCUAUGCCUGCCAAACUGAAGCAAUGCUUUUAUAUAUUAGAAAUAUCAUCAGUAAAUUGAGACGCAGAACAAUGAUUGCAUUAAGUGUGGGACUGACAAUUAAAUAAAGACAAUAAAGACAUCUGAAUUCACUGUUUUCAGCUCUAAAUGAAGGAAACUGGAUGCAUGUGAUAUUAUACACGCAGCAUUGGAAAUACAGCAACCAGGUUCAUUUGUUAUUGUUAAUGAUCUGUACCUUGAGGAAAGUUCUGCUGCACGUUAGAUUGCAGAUGCUUCUUUAUUUUUUAUUAAAACUGGAGCAGUUAUAUUAUUUUGUAAGGGUCUUUGCUCAUCUGCUGCA